AUGAGAAGCCUUCUAGGGAUAACAAUGAAUCACCUUGUCAAUACUCUCAUUCUUUUCAUGAGCUUGGGAUGUACAGCCUCUAGUUCGCAUGAUCCGGGCAUGGUUUAUGGAUUUGACAAUAUUGAUCCAUCAGCCAACCUCGCUUGGACACCAUGUUUCGAUAACUUCACAUGCUCUAAACUGGAAGUUCCUUUGGAUUAUUCAAAAAGAAGUCUUGGCACGACGUCAAUUGCCUUCAUAAAACUAGCUGGCAAGAAUGCCACCGCCGAGUCCCCAAGCCUUGUACUCAUCCCCGGCGGUCCAGGUGGUUCUGGAGUCGACCUCCUCCUCACAUACCGGACCCUAACAGGGCAAAUCUUCGGAGAGCAGUACAACAUCGUCUCCUUUGACCCUCGCGGUGUGAACAACAGCGGUUUGAGACUCGACUGCUUCUCGGGGAACAUAGAAGCAAGAUUGGCCUUCAGUCGACUACACAGUACAGGAGUCACCAACAUCUCAUCAACAUCGCUUGAGGACCAGUACUAUUCAAGCUCUAUCUACGGAGAGUGGUGCAACCAUGCUGUCGAGAACGAGUCACCUAAUGGAUAUUAUGUGACUACACCGGCGGUGGCCCAUGAUUUGCUCACAUUUAUAGAAUCCGAGGCCAAGGUAGCCGGUCAGUCACCAUCAGACGCCAAAUUGUGGUGUUAUGGCAUCAGUUACGGCACUGUCAUCGGCAGCACUUUCGCUUCCAUGUUUCCCAACCGAGUUGGGAGAAUGAUACUCGAUGGCGUUUUGAAUGCAGAGCAAUAUUAUAACAAUGACUGGAGGGACAACGUCGAUCAAAUGGACGAGGCCAUGGAGAAAUUCUCGGCCUUCUGCCAUUCUGCAGGUCCUGAAAAAUGUUCAUUCUGGGGACCCACUCCAGCUAAAAUCACCGCCAGAAUGGACAGCAUCAUUCAUCAGCUUCAAACCCAUCCAGUUCCCGUGAACGGAGUCCAAAGUCAAGACCUGCCGACACUGGUCACCUAUUCAGACCUGAAGGCUCUUUUCCUCAACACCAUCUCCGCCCCACUGGCUGAAUUCCCAGCAAUGGCCAAUAUCCUACACCAGUUCGAGCUUGGGGACGUGUCUGCUCUUUCGGGAAUGUUUUAUGGGUUAAAUUCUACAUCCGACGCCCGUCUCGCCAUCCAAUGCGCCGAUUCGUAUCGGAGAAACAGGCUUACUACCAUUGAAGAAUUCAAGAGCUACGUCGAGUACACGAUCUCCAAGAGCAAGUACAUUGGUGAUAUCUACCCAAUCUACCUGGAAACUAUCUUGUGUAGAUCAUUCCGACCCCAAUUGCCUGAUAGCAUGGUGAUUCAAGGCCCAAUACGUGGACUAGACAAGCCUACGUCCUUCCCGAUCCUGUUUGCGAGUAAUACUAUCGACCCUAUAACGCCCUUAGAAUCGGCGCGCAAGAUGUCUUCUCGGUUUGCCGGAUCAAUAAUCCUAUUGCAAGAUGCCAUUGGUACUGAAUUCCACCACCCCAAAAAGGGAACCCUUAGUGGGGAUUCUGUAACUUUACUUAUCAUAAAAUUCGAAAUUCUACAGUUGUCGAGGCGAAAGAAGAAGACUUCUACCGGUAUACCACCAAGCGAUGACUAUCAAACGACACUCAAGAAGCCAUUAAGCGAUAUCGAAAAUUUAAUAUCCACAAGCUUCUUGACGUUGCUAUCCAAUCCAAUGGCCCUAGUGCGAAAAGAUGUACUACACCCCGAUCCCUUUCAACACAUGCGAAGUCGCAACCAUGGACUUUGUAUACCCGUUCCACGGGUUUUCACUUGGAAUUGUGACCCCUCGAACCCCGUUGGAAGUGAAUAUAUCAUAAUGGAAAAAGCAAAGGGCACUGCGCUUGGUGAUGUCUGGUAUCGGCUUCCCAAUCCAUCUAAGCACAAAUUUAUAAAGCACCUGGUAGAACUGGAGGCAAAAUUAGCGGCAAUGCCCUUUCCAGGACACGGGUGCAUAUACUACAAACAGGAUUUGCAAACGCCAUAUCCCAAAUAUCAGAUCUCAUUCGGUGAAGACGAGUCCGUGAAAUUCUGCAUCGGCCCAGUUGUGGACCCUGUAUUCUGGUCUGAUGGACGGGCAGAGAUGACACUGGAUCGAGGUCCUUGCAUCAAUGAGAGGAUUUGGGCGAUGCGAAGUGCACGACCGCGCAUAAACUAUUACCGAAGCAAUACCGACCACGAGAUGCCCAGCGAAUACAUCGACCUCAUUGAGAAGUACCUGUUGGUUGUUCCACACUUAACACAAUGUGAACCUGGCUCUUCGGAACUUCUCAAACCGAAAUUGUGGCACACUGAUCUUACAAGCUAG